AUGCCUUUGCUCUUCCCCAAGACCCGCGCCCUCCUCUUCGGUGCCAUCGCCAUCUUCAUCCUAUUCGCAACCUUUCUGACCGACGCCCUCGGUCCCUCGCACGACGCCCAUUCGCCCCGGGAUUACCUGGCACAACAACAAAGCGCUUCUUCUUCUUCUCAAUGGCACAGCACGGCGUCGAGGCGCCGCUGGCGCGAGCUGACGGACCCGUGGGCCGGCCGGAAAGACCCGACCAAGAUCCUCCUGGCGAGCGUGCUGUACGACGACGAGCCGGGAUCGAAUGAGCUGCUGGAGCGCGCGCUGCUGACGCACGAGAAGCACGCGGAGCGGUGGGGGUACGGGACGGCGGUGCUGAGGAAGCGGCUGGUGGAUGGGUGGUGGGGGAAGUGGGGGUGGCUGCAGGCGCUGGUGACGAUGGAGUUGAACAAGGACGCCAAAGACGCGGCCGAGUGGAUAAUGUUCCUCGCCCCGACCUCGAUCCUCUCCGACCCGACCAUCCCGCUCUCCCUCUUCCUCCCGCCCACGACCCUCACCACCAACCUCACCUCCUCCCGCACGCCCGGCGCCCAGCCCCGCCCCGUCGCCCUCAACGACGUCCACUUCCUCGGCGCCUACGACCCCGCCCCGCCCGCCACCGCCAACCCGGACUUCCCCGCCGUCUCGCCCCACGCCUUCUUCCUCCGCGUCCACCCCUGGUCCGCCGCCUUCCUCCAGCACCUCCUCGCCGCGCCCUUGCUCUCCGCCGACCCCAACCUCCCCGUCGUUGUCGACGAAUCCUUCGCCCUCGCAAAGACCCUCGCCGACGCGAGCACCUACGGCGUACUGGGCAGCAGCAGCGCGGCGCAGGACGCGGACGCGGACGCAACCCCACCAUACGACCCCGCCGGCUUCGCGCACAUCGUGCUGCAGCCGGCGCGAUGGUACGCGUGGUCGUCGUCGUCCGCGGCGUCGGCCGCCGCCAAGGAAGAAGAAGCGGACGGGUGGUGGCUGCGCGCGGCGGAGCACUUCCCGCCGGCGCUGGGGGGGCGCCGGUGGAAGGGGAUGGCGGACGCGGUGGCGGACGUGGAGCGCGGGCGGAUGGACCGGGCGUAUCCGUUUGGUGUGGCGGAGGAUGCGAAGGUCGAGGUGGUGGUGCGUGGUGGGGGUGGUCGUGGUGGGCAGGGUGGUGUGUGGGGGAGGUUGAUGGGGAGGUGGGGGGGUGGUGGGGUUUUCUUUUCUUCUUCUGGGUCUGGUUCUGGUUCUACUCGUGGUGGUGAAGGUGGUGCUGACGACAUCGACGAUACGCUCGACGUCGCCGCCGUCCCCACGGCCCUCGUCACCGCACGCGCGGCGGCGGCCGCCAACAACUACACCCGGCCCGACCCGGACGCCGACGGCGCGGGGCCGGCCGAGGCGUGGGAUUUCUGGGAGGGCGUCGCGCGCGCGCGCGCCGUCCUGCGCGAGGCCGAGGAGGCGCACGAGCGGGCGCCGGCGGCGCCGGGCAGCGCCGAGGACGACCUCGAGAGCCAGACGUUGGCCGAGGGCGUGGCGCGGCUGAAGGCCGCGGUCAGUUGGGGCGCCGGGAGGAAGGCGGCGAUGAGGGAGGCGGUCGCGGCGGUGAGGGAGGCCAUGUAUGGGACGGGGAGGACGGCGGAGGAUGGGUGGUCGUAG